AAAUAACUGUAUUGACUUGGUAGUUAAAAAUAGAUAGUCAGCACUUGAACCCUUACAAAUCGGCUACUUUAAUACAGCACUAGAUCAUAACUGUCUUCUUCAAAAUCUACUUCAGUAUGGCUGAUAAUACACAUCACAAUGAAACAGUAACAGCCCCUGAACCUCAACCUGAAGCAGAACAAGUACCAGCACCAGAACCAGAACCUCAACCAGAACCCGAACCAGUACCAGAACCAGAACCAACACCAUCACUUAAAAAAGAAGAAACUCCAGAGAUCACUGCAAGUGCUAGUGAGAAGGGAAGUUCCGAGAAGCCAAAAAACACAAUGAGAUCUUUAGCUAAUAUACUAAAUUUAGUAACAGUCAUUCUAACUCUACCAAUUAUGGCUCUAGUGGCUUGGUUACUCUACAUGCGAGGGUACGACUGUGAGUAUCUGCUCAGAAUGAAGAAGCUGUAUAUUGGUAUCAUUGCGAUGUUGGUAGUAUUGUGUGUAGCCAACAUUGUGUCGUAUUUUAUGAUGAAAAAACCGCCACUGCGAAUGCCAGCAUUGAUCCUGAUUAUGAUCCCCACCUUAGUGGUGCUCAUUAUGGGGAUUGGGCUAGUAGGAGGUUUUAAGAUGGAGAGCAGGUCCAUGCCUGGCUCGCCUCAACGGCUGAAAUUGAAAGUGUACAACAUUGAUAACUGGAGCAGAAUUAAGUCGUGCUUGUAUGAUAAAAAUAUUUGUCAAGUAUUAGUAUCUGAAGCCGGUAUGAUCAAGCCCUAUGAUUAUGCAACAAAAAAUCUGUCCCCAGUACAGUCGGGAUGUUGCAGGCCACCAGCAACUUGUGGGAUGGAAUAUGUUAAUGCGACUUACUGGGAGAGAUCGGAUGGAUCACAAGAUAUGAGUAAGGGACAGAAUAGUGAUUGUACUACAUGGGCGAAUGAAGAAAGCAUUCUCUGUUACAACUGCAACAGCUGCAGAGACGGCUUUAGAAGAACCAUAGGAAGAAAAUGGAUUAUACUGGGAUCUUUUAUGAUUUCAGUGGCUAGCUUGCUCUUUAUCGUGCACUUAAUAGUCUUCGUUGUUUCCAUGUCCGAGAGCUGAGAUUAGUGAUUUAUUGUUAUAUUAGACUCUGUUAUGGUAUUCUAAUCCAGCACUAUCUGCAAUCUCAUUCAACUUUUUUUUUAUUUCUAUCCGAGCUGGAGAAUUGUCGGCCUCGUUUAGUGCAUUGUCAUGUUUUGUCAUAUCUUCAAUCUCCAGUUCAAUAUUAAGAUUCUUGAUUACAUUUUACA